CCCCUUCUCUUUUCCUCCCGCCCCUCCGGCCGCCACCCCCCCUCCCGGAUGGGGGAGGGAAAAAAAAAAGAUGUCAGCUCCUCCGCUGUAGUAUUGCUCCUUAAAAACCCCUCUCUCUGAAAAUGACAUGCCCUCGCAAUGUAACUCCGAACUCGUACGCGGAGCCCUUGGCUGCGCCCGGCGGAGGAGAGCGCUAUAGCCGGAGUGCAGGCAUGUAUAUGCAAGCUGGGAGUGACUUCAACUGCGGGGUGAUGAGGGGCUGCGGGCUCGCGCCCUCUCUCUCCAAGAGGGACGAGGGCGGCAGCCCCAACCUGGCCCUCAACACCUACCCGUCCUACCUCUCGCAGCUGGACUCCUGGGGCGACCCCAAAGCCGCCUACCGCCUGGAGCAACCUGUUGGCAGGCCGCUGUCCUCCUGCUCCUACCCACCUAGUGUCAAGGAAGAGAAUGUCUGCUGCAUGUACAGCGCCGAGAAGCGAGCGAAAAGUGGCCCUGAGGCAACCCUUUACUCCCAUCCCCUGCCGGAGUCCUGCCUCGGGGAGCACGAGGUGCCCGUGCCCAGCUACUACCGCGCCAGCCCCAGCUACUCGGCGCUGGACAAGACGCCCCACUGCGCCGCGGCCGGCGACUUCGAAGCCCCCUUCGAGCAGCAGCGGCCCGGCCUCAACGCGCGCGCCGAACAUCUGGAGUCGCCUCAGCUCGGGGCCAAAGUGAGUUUCCCUGAGACCCCCAAGUCCGACAGCCAGACCCCCAGCCCCAGCGAGAUCAAGACGGAGCACAGUCUAGCGGGCCUUAAGGGCAGCCCCUCGGAGAGUGAGAAGGAGCGGGCCAAGACCGCCGACUCCAGCCCCGACACCUCGGAUAACGAAGGGAAAGAGGAGAUAAAGGCAGAAAACACCACAGGAAAUUGGCUGACAGCAAAGAGCGGAAGGAAGAAGAGGUGUCCCUAUACUAAACACCAGACGCUGGAAUUGGAGAAAGAAUUUCUGUUCAAUAUGUAUUUGACGCGAGAGCGCCGCCUGGAGAUUAGCAAGACCAUUAACCUUACAGACAGACAAGUCAAAAUCUGGUUUCAAAAUCGCAGAAUGAAACUCAAGAAAAUGAACCGAGAGAAUCGGAUCCGGGAACUGACCUCCAAUUUUAAUUUCACCUGAACGUGGGGGGGCUUUCCCCUCCCCUUCCCUCCUUUUCCCCGCCCCCCUCCCUUUGUGCCUGGUGAUAUUUUCCCUCCCUCUCUGAGUAUAAAUGCAACGCGUCUGAAAAAAAAAAAAAAGGCAAAGACUAUCGUCCAAGGGACCUAUGGCUUGUGCUGUGAGGAUGCCUCUACCUAGAGCAUGAGCAAUGGGGUGCCAGGGUGUGUGAUGUGGGGUGCGCCCUUGGUAGAUGGGGGUGGGAGUGUGGUUGGUGUGUGUGUCAACCCCUCACUCUCCCACGCACUCGCCCUUAGCAUUCUGUUCUCCGUGCAAACUUAAGACUGAAUCCACCGAUGGUAGGGAAAAAGAAAGGAAAAAGCUCAACCAGAAAGGGUCUGUAAUCUGGCAGAACAAGUCAGGAUCGCUUCUCUUCUUGCUGUGUCUCCUCCUUAGGAUAAUAGAGAAUAAUUUGGAGAAAGUUCCGCUAGUGUUCCUGUGUUUGUCGUAGCUCCCCGUGCCUCCCCAGCCUCCUUGUGUCUAGCCCUCCCAGUUGCUCUGAGAAUCUGCUUGAAGUCUUGUAUUCGUACUGCUUUUUGCUUUCCUCCCAUCCCUCCCAGAGCCCCCCCUCCCAUUCACUAACAUCCCAGUAAUUCCAUCCAGAGGAACAAUAAAAAAAAAGAUAAACCUAGAAUAUAGCCAAGCGAAGGCAGAAUGCCUCUCCCCCAACCCUAACCCUUCUCCAAAAUUACCUUGUUCCUGUCUGGGAGUUGUGUUAUUUAAAGAUAUUCUGUAUGUUGUAUCUUUUGCAUGUAGCUUCCUUAAUGGAGAAAAAAAUACUAAUAAAUUUCCAGAAUCGUACUCCUCAAA